UCGUAAGUUCCUUACUUCGUUUCAAAUUCCACUCGCUAACAACUCGUUACUCAGUGACUCACCAAUGGCAGACCGAGUUCACCCGGGAAACUCGCCGCAACUCCCACAAACGACGUCGUCUCACGCCGCGGCGAAUCCCUCGCCGCGGCAAGGAACCUACGUCAUCCAGAUCCCAAAGGACCAGGCCCCCCGCCUCUCUCCGCCGGAAAAUUACCGAAACUACGCGCACUACACUCGCCGGGAAACUCGCCGGUGCCGCUUCUGCUGCUGCCUCUGCUGGUUCAUCUCCAUCCUCCUCCUCCUGGCCGUUCUCCUCGCCGCCGCCGCCGCCGUCUUCUACUUCGUCGUGCGGCCGAAGGCGCCGGACUACGCCAUCGAAGGCGUCGCCGUGAAGGGAAUGAACCUCACCUCGGCGGCACUGUCGCCGGAGUUCGACGUCUCCGUCAGGGCCGGUAACGGCAACGGGAAGAUCGGAAUCUACUACGAGAAGGGAAGCUCCGUUGAGAUGCUCUACGACGGAGCCAUGCUGUGCAACGGCGCGUUGCCGGCGUUUUAUCAGCCGCCGAAUAACGUGACCGUGUUCGAGACGGUGUUGACGGGUAACGGCGUGGAACUGACGGCGUCGGAGAAGACGGCGUUGGUGAAGGCCGUGGCCCAACGGAGCGUGCCGUUGACGCUGAAACUGAGGGCACCGGUGAAAGUUAAAGUGGGGUUCGUUAAGACGUGGAAGAUCACCGUUAUGGUCGUUUGUGACGUUACGGUGGAUCAGUUAACGGCGCAGGCUAGGAUCGUGAACAAGGAUUGUAGUUACGGGGUGGAUAUUUUGUGAUUGUGAGAAUUUAAAAGCGACAUUGGGCUUGGGAAUGAAAGGGUUUUAGAGAUUACCCAUUAUUUUAUUUUUGCAUUUUUAGUGCUUUCACACAAAUAUUACUUUUUUCAUGUAUAAUGAUACGUUAUAUUAGUUGAUUCUUAUAUGGAGGUUUUCAUGUAUUACUCAUUGGGUCAAGCGUUCUGCGCUUAGGAUCGUCCCCUAUUGAGAUGAUCAAGUGAGGUCUUACAAUAGGCACUUCAGAGCAUAUAUGAACUUUUAACACGUGUCA